AUGCGGGAGGGGCUGCAGGCUCGAGACCCCUACGGUGCGCACGUCCCACCCAGGACCCCGGGCUUCCACACACACCCGGGGACAGACACCGCCCCCCUGCAGAACGGUCCCCAAGCUCAGGCCCCGCAGCUCGCCCGGGAGCCUGACCGGUCCCCUGGCCUCAGCAGCCCCUCGUCCCCGUCUGCAUUUCUUAAAGACGCAGCAGCAGGCGGGGGCCCCGGGGGCCCAGAUGCAUUCAGACGGGGGCCUGGGGCCUUGGAGGUCUGCGGGCGCGGCAGCCACGCCUGUUCCUCAUCUGAGGUGCGGGCAGACGUCUGUGCAGACACACCUGGCGACACCCCGGGGCCUGCACAGCAGCGGCCUCCAAACACAGCGCGGGCAGAGGCGGGGCCGGGGGGCACCCGCGGGCCAGCUCGGCGGGCCCAGCAGCCGCAGGGGAGCGGGAGCUACGGAAGUGGCGAGGGCGCCAGGAAAGCACAUUCUGGGCCCACCCGGCCCAGGAGACGGAGCGGGCUGGAGCAGGGGGCCACCCCCUACCCCCCGCCCCCAGAAAAACUCCCCUCCGGAGGGGUCCGAGUGCUCAGGAGACCUUGCUUCGGGCAGGCUCUUCCUGGAAGAGAGAAGGUGGCCGAGGAGGAGAUCCCCGCCACGCCCCAGACACCGUCACAGCCGCGACAAGCCCCACAGAAAGCCCGGCUGCAGGAGCCCCAGCGCCGGGCGGCCCCGCGACUCCGCCGGCCUGGAGCCCUGGGGCCGACGCAGCCCCGGCCGUGGAGGCCCGGCGAUCCGGGGGCCCGAGGAGGCCGCGCGCGCCCUGCGGGACCGGGAACCCCUCGGGCACGCGCGCGGCCGCUCCGGGCCCGGCCAGGCUCGCGCUCCCCGAGCCUCGCCCUGCGCCAGGGGUCCGCGUCCCCGGGGGCGCUCCCCGACGGGACCGCCGGGCGACCGACGCCGGCAGACCGCGGAGCCGGCGGAGCCCGGAGGCAGGCGGCGCGCGCGGCCGGCUCCGUCCCCCGGGGCGCAGCGCGGGGAUUCGCGGCGGGGCCGGCACCCCGCGCCCGCGGAGCCCGAGGCGGCUUACCGAUCUUGGCCAAGCUGGCCACGAGGAUCCAGAGCGCGAUGAUGUACGGGUCUUGGACGUGGUGCCACUUGAAGGUGACCACCUGGAAGCCCCGGGUCUCCCCGUGCGCGCCGCCGGGCUCCUCCUCGAAGCCCCGCGCCCGCGGCAGCCCGCCCAGCGCCAGCAGCAGCCCCAGCAGCAGCCCCCGACCGGGGCCCGCACGCCCCGCCAUCGCCGCCGCGGCUCAGCGCCCGGCCCGGACGCGCAUGUCGCGGCUGCCCCGCUGCGCUCGGAGGGCCGCGCGGAGCCGGCGGGCCGCGCGUGGGGCGGCGCGGAGCCGAGAGCGCUCCGGCGGGCGGGCCGCUGUCCCGGUCCCCGCCCGCCGGGCGGCCUUUAAUCCGGCGGCCCCCUCCCGCCCCGGGGCGGAGCCUGUCCGCCCGCGCCGCGCACACACGCGAGCGCGGAGGAGCCGCCGGCCCUCGGCCCGCCCGCCGGCCCGCGGCGCGCGCCCUGCCGGCCCGGCCGGGCCCCAGCCCUCGCCUCCCCCGCGCGCGCGCGCGCCCCGGCCUCGUGCCCCGGCCGCGCCCCGGGCAGGUCCCCAAGCCGCGCCCCGGGCUCCGGCAGCUGGAGGGCGCGGGCCCGGGCGCCCGCCUCCCCCGGCGCGGAGGGCAGCACCGGAGGGCGGGCCGGGGUCCCCGCGGGCGCGGCGCGGCGGCGGGGGCUGCCCCCGUUCCUUUCUGGGAGGGCCCCCACCCCCCGACCUGGGAGCCCUGCGCCCCCCCCUCCCCCCGCCCCGCGAGCGGGCUCUGGGCCCUUUCCGCCCUGACGGCUUGGCCCCGGCUCCGGGCCUCAACGCUCUCUGGCCUGUGCUGCCGGCCGCGCGGCUCACCUGGGCCGGGGCUGAGGCCCGCACAGCCCUGCCUCGCCUGCUCCCAGGCGACCCCCCCACCCCCACCCCCAGGCCCAGCCUCAGUGCCUCCCGGCAGCCCCUCUUCCAGCGGUUCUGCCCCAGACCUCGGAGGCAGGCCCCUUGCCUCCAAGCCCCCAGCAUACCUGUCCGCUGCACCUUAAGCGCGCACACGAAACCUGGCCGCAGCUCAGCACCUGUGGCCACCACGCAGCGGCCCAGAGCUUCCCGCCCGCCCCCUUCACCUGCCCUGUCGGCCUCCUGCGGACCCUCUGACUUAGAGGAGAGGCAGGGUCCUCCCAGGACCCGGGGCCCCUCGCUGACCCCCUUGGAGCCUCCUUCUGGGGGACCUGGGCUCCCUGAGGAGUUUGCUCUCAGGUCUCCUCCUCCUCCUGCCACAGCUGGUCGCAGCUCACAGUUGUGA